AUGGGUAAUAAAGGAGCCAAAACACGUGGAUCAACAGCAUUAACUCCAAGACAAAUUGCUAUGCUCCAAGCAAAUACAAAUUAUACGGAAAGAGAAAUUCGAGAAUGGCAUGAGGGCUUUCUUCGUGAUUGUCCUAAUGGUCGACUUGAUAAGAAAAAGUUUCGCGAAGUCCACAGACAAUUUUAUCCUCAAGGCAAAGCAGACAACUUCUGCAAACAUGCAUUUGCUACAUUCGAUCAAAAUAAUGAUGGGACAAUUGACUUUGAUGAAUUUCUUUUAGCCAUUUCGGCUACAAGUCAGAGUAAUCUCGAUGAUCGACUUUCAGUUGCAUUUGAUAUGUGA